AAAAACUUAGGGGAUAUUGUCUGGGGGCUGCUAGAAUCUUAUGAUAUCCAAGAAAAGUUGGUUACUGUCAUGUCUGAUAAUGCUUCCAACAAUGACACGAUGAUGGAGACUAUUGAGACACACAUGACGGCUAAGGGGAUCUUGUUCUCUGCUGAGGAGGCACAUCUUAGGUGUAUGCCUCAUACUAUUCACUUAGUGGCACUAAAGCUACUCAAUGCAAUUGGUGCUUUGAAGAGCACUAAUUGUAGAACAAGCAACUAUCAGGAGUCUGUUUCUGCUCCUCUGGAUCCUGAUUACGAUAAUUUGGAAGCUAGCCAGAAUGAUAACGUCAACAAUACUCUCACAGAUAGCAGCAAUACAUCAUACUCAUUGCGAAAGAUUGUGUAUACAGUCUGGUCAUCUGCUCAGCAACAAAAAGCAUGGCUUGCCAAGGCAGCAAAGUACAAUAGUAAUCCAGAGCAGCCAGGCAUAGCUCUAAUGCUCAUCCUUGACGUUAAGACU